UAGCAGUUGUUCCCCUUUUCCCUCCCCACGCCGAACGCACCCGAUCGCAAACAAAGCGAGCAGCAGAAACAUGCGAGACAUGCCGGUUGUCCGCCGCCAGGAACCCACCGUCGUCAGGACGGAGGACGACGUGGUUUCCGGCGGUGAGGACUCGGACGGCGAGUUCGAGUUCCCCUCCGUGAGCCGGGAGUCCGCGGCGGGCGUUGGCGGCGCCGCGUCUGCCGACGAGCUCUUCGCGGGCGGCCACGCCCGGGCGUUCUACCCGGUGUUUGGCCGAGUGCUGGACGAGGCCGCAGCGCCGGCACCGAGGGCGCCACUAGGGCGGCUGUUCCAGCUGGAGCAGGCGCGGACCUCGUCCGUCGCGUCCACGUCCUCCUCCUCCUCAUCAUCAUCGGCGUCGACGGCGGCGGGCACGGGCGCGGACCUCGACGGCGUCGGCGCGUCGCCGGACAGCUACUGCGUCUGGACGCCCGGGUCGUCGCCGGCGUCCUCGCCCUCGCGGCCGCCGCGGAAGAGCGGGUCCACGGGCUCCAUCGCGCGGUGGCGCCGCAUCGGUGAGCUCGUCGUCGGCCGCAGCCGCAGCGACGGCAAGGACAAGUUCCUCUUCCUCUCGGCGCCGCCGUCCCCGGCCAGGGACAGGGAGCACGCCCCCGCCUCCAAGGCCAAGGCCAAGCUGCCGCCCAAAGGAAGCAAAGCCGCCGCAACCGAGCUAGACACGGUCUCCGCGGGCCGCCGGUUGUCAUAUGGCGGCGGCGGCGCCAAGGCCUCCACCGGCGGCCGGCGCACGUUCCUGCCGUACCGGCAGGACCUCGUGGGGCUGUUCGCCAGCGUGCACGGGCUCAGCAGGAGCCCACACCCGUUGUGAGCCGGUGAGCCACGACCACGACGCGCCGUGGAGGACCCGUUCCAAACAGUGAGACUUCAGGUUUGAAAUCGGGAUUUGAAAUUUCAGACAUUUGACUUGGAGAUCUCCUGCGAGCCGAGUCAAAAAGACAAGGUGUGAAGUCAGAGAAAGCAGGGGAAAUGUGAGCCUUCCUUUCAGGAUUCGGCUCGGAAUCGUGCUCUGCAGUCGGUGGCUAACCACCUGCCAUGCGAUUUGUGUAGGCGGGUACACAUAUACUACGACAAAUUGGACAAGAAGUUUACAUGUGAUUGUUCGUAUAUGUUGGUAUAUAUGUAGCUGUGUACAUACUGUACAUUGUAUAGUAUUGCAAUUUAGGUAUACAGGAGUAGGUGUUUGCGAGGAAUUCAGAAUUCCUCGUUUGCAUUCUACAGUUUCGUUUAUCUGCGUGUUGUCGCAUCUCUAAUGUCUAAUCUAACUAAUUGCUUUUCUGCCUAA